UCUUGAUCAGAAGUGCGAGUGCGAAAGAGAUCAAACAGAAGCUUUAUUUCAUAUUUAUGAAAUUCUACUUGUAGUGGUGAAACGGGAAUAGCGGGAUAGAGAAGAACUGAAGAAGGGAUAAACUGAGACGAUGGUGUCAAAUCUCAACUCUACAGACAUCGAUGGCGAAGAUUAUCGCUCCAAAUACAGAAGACUGAAGCAUCACUUGAAGUACCUGAUUUACGAAAAUGAAAAUUUCCAAUUGAUCUUGCGGCAAGCGCAACAAAAAUACCUGAGUGCCAAGCGCGACCGAACCUUUCUCCUUGACCGGCUGAUUCAGUAUGAGCAGCCAAAUUCUGUAUCAAGUGGUUCAGAGCCAUCAGACUCUUCAGAAGAGGAAGAAAAGGUGAAGCCUGAACCAAUGAAAAGAAAGCGCAGUGAAGGUAGCAGUGGUUCUCAACCUGCAAAGAAAUGGAAACGUGCUACUGCAAAAUCUGCCCCAAAGCAACCCGCCACUUCCAAAAAGGUCAAUAUAGAAAACCCGUCCAGCAUGUCACCAAUGAUAUCCGAAGGUCAGUUGACUCCCGAGGAGGUUGAACGCCACCUUCAGUCAAGACAAAACUUGAUGGAGAUGCUGCCGUGUCGCGCACCGCCGACUGUGCCGUCUGAACUGUUCAGCAAUGACCCGUCAUUGGACAGUUUCUGCUUCAGCGAAUCAAACGAAAUGGAAAUGGAGACCUCUCCUGACAUUGGCGACAAAAGUUACGGAGUUGACCUGUCAGAUGUAGCAGAGUAAAUUAAGCUUAGUUAGAUUGACAGUUUAAGGAAUUUAAGUGUAAGAAUUGAUUAAAACAAAUGCCAACUCAAA